CAUGAAGCCCGGGAGGCUUCGGCAUCCUUUUCCCUGCUGCUCCCUGCUCCUGCUGCUGCUCCUGGCAGGAGCUGAGCAGCCCGUGUUUGAUGUGACUGCUUGGCCGGAAAACCCUGUGGUGGAGCGCGGAGGGUCUCUCUGGCUGAAUUGCAGCACCAGCUGCCGGGAGGCAGAUGCCAGGGGAGGCUUGGAGACGUCGCUGAUCAAGGAGGAGAGAGACAAUGGGACCGGCUGGGCAACCUUCCAGCUUGUGAACAUCACGGAAUGGGCGUCUGCCACGGAGUGCUCCUUCAGCUGUUAUGGGGAGCAUAAAUCUGUCCGCACAAACAUCGUGGUGUAUCAGAUUCCAGAGCAGGUAGCUUGGGACCCGGUACCCAUGAUGGAGCUGGGCAAGGUGUAUAACUUGACAUGCCAGGUUGCUAAUGUUGCCCCCAUCCGGAACCUCACCGUGACCUUGCGUAAAGGAAAGGAGAAACUGCACCAGGAGACAUUUGAGUAUCACAGUGCACCUGAAGCCAGUGAUGUUGCAGUGACCCACACCAUAAUUGCUCAGCAGGAAGACCAUGAGGAGGACGUCACCUGCCAUGCAACUCUGGAUUUGAGGCCACAAGGACAGCUCCUUGAAAAGGCAUCCCUCAGCAAAGUCCUAAAAGUCUUUGAUUUCUCGGCGGAUCCACAGCUUCAUGCCUCGCAGUACUUAGAAGCUAACACCAACAUGACUGUGCAGUGUGAUGUAGUCAGGUCUUUCCCAGUUGAAGAGGCCCAGUUUGACCUGACCUUCGCAGAGGAGAGACUGAACGCCAGCAUCAUUGCGCUGGGCACUACAGUGAGAGGCCAGACUCAGGUGUCUUCUUCAAGAGCAGGAAGCCAUACAUUGAACUGCACCGUGUCCCUGGGACCAGUGACCAAAUCUGCAGUGGAGACCGUGCAUGUUUACAGUUUCCCGGAGCCAUCCCUGGAGAUCCAACCACCUCAGACACUUGUAAAUAAUCCUGUGACCAUUAUAUGCAAUUCUUCAGCUAUUCAGCCACCCAGCAUUUCAAUUCAGAUCAAAAAUGCUUCCGGAAGGACCUUAGCAUCUAGUGAUCAGCUUCCUCUGCGAUUCACACUGACAGCUCAGGAGGAGGAAGAUGGGAGGGAGUUUGUGUGUGAAGUGGAACUGGCAAUUGGUGGAGACAGGAUCAUUAAACGCACAUCUGCCAAUUUUACUGUCUUCUAUGUGCCAGGAAUGGAUGAGUCCACUUGCCCCAGCAGCCUCACAUGGGUAGAAGGAACAUCGCAAGUACUUCGCUGCAUGGCCAAGGGGAACCCCAAGCCAUCGGUAGCUUGCACCAAAGAUGGCCACCCUUACGAUGUGGAAAAGGAAGAGCAGGUCAACCGGAACCAUACUGGCAUCUAUAACUGCACUGCCACCAAUGAGUUUGGCUCUAGCACUAGAACAAUUGCCGUCUGGGUGGAAUACGGGCCUCAACUGGGUGAGUCUGACUGCCCAAGUAACCAAACAUGGCUGGAAGGGAGCCUACAGAAUCUCAGUUGCCAAGCUGAGGGCAUCCCAGUGCCAGAGGUCUCCUGCAUGAAAUACGGCAAAGUGUACGAUGCCAGAAGGGUGCAGAACGUCACACAAAGCCACGCUGGUGUCUACCACUGUAAUGCUACCAAUGCACAUGGAUCAAGCAGCAAGACGGUCACAAUCAGGGUGGAGUAUGAACCUGAAAUGGAUGCUUCCAGCUGUCCCCAGAACUGGACCUGGACAGUAGGGGAAGAGCAAAUUUUCACCUGCUUUGCCUGGGGAAACCCAGAGCCAGCUGUGGAGUGCACUAAAGAUGGCAUAGUUUAUAGUCCUGGGAUUCUCCAGGUUGUCACUAGAGAAUAUGCUGGCAUCUAUACCUGCACUGCCACAAACAUCCAUGGCUCCAGCACCAGGGCUGUGCGCAUCCAAGUGGAAUAUAAACCAGAAUUGGAUGAAUCUAGCUGUCCAAGUACCUGGACCUUGGUGGAAGGGGCCCUGCCCACCUUUGCUUGUAAAGCUGAGGGGAUUCCUCCUCCAGAGGUCAUAUGCACCAAGAAUGGCAUGUCAUACCACCUUAGCCAAGGACAAAGGAUCCCGAACUACAAUGGAACCUUCUGGUGUAAUGCUACAAACCGGCAUGGGACUGUGGCCAAGGCAGUCAGGGUUGAAGUUGAAACCAAGCCUAAGAUGGAUGAGACCAGCUGCCCAAGCAACCAGACGUGGCUGGAGGGGACUUUGCAGUCACUGGCCUGUGAAGCAAAUGGAAUUCCCACCCCACUUGUCUUAUGUGUCAAGGAGGGAGCUGCUGAGGAGUUCUACAGAGAGAGGAACGUCAGCAGGAAUGACUCUGGCAUCUACCAAUGCAAGGCCACUAACGGCCAUGGGAUGGAGCGGUGGAUGGUGAACGUACAAGUGGAAUACAGGCCUGUUAUAUCCACUCUGGCUGUCAGUGCUUCUUUACCCAUCAGAAGGGGAGAAAACGUCACCAUCACCUGUCAGGCGGAUGGUUACCCGGCUGCCAGCUAUACCUGGAGGGUGCCUCAGGCCUCCAACCUCAACUAUGCGGGCAACAACAGUACAGUGACCAUUGUCGGCGCAGAUGGGCAGAACAGUGGUGUGUAUGAGUGCACAGCUAGAAACAAACAUGGCCAGCAGCACAGCCAGGUGGAAGUCCAGGUGGAAGAUCACUGGCUGUAUAUUGUUGUUGUCAUAGCUAUUGCUGGUGCCACCAUGUUGGUCCUAGGAGGAAUGGCUGGGAUCAUUUACUAUCUCAAGUCCACAGCUUGUAAAAAAGGAGAGUACAACGUGCGUGAUGCAGAGAACUCUACUGAAGCCACUUGUCUCAACCGGGAAAGGCCCUGUGACAGUGACAUCUAUGGUAUACAACUCACCAGGACCUGAACAAGUCUGGGCAGGUACCUCUAGACCUUGUCUCCCCAGACAGAGGAACAGGUGAAAGCAGACUUUGUUUACAACCCUCCUUCCUACUUCUGUCACCAUCUCUGCCUCUGAAGAAAGGGUGUCUGAACCACACAGUCCUCUGCUUCACUGUGGAAUUUAUUAACAGCCAAUUGAUGGGCAAGCACACUGUUGAGUGUUCUCAGGAUGGAAAGCCAAUUUUACUGUUUUGGUAUCAGCCAGGCACUUCCAUGGCACAUGCCCAGAUGACUCUAAAACCAGCCUUCCUCCAUCCAGCUUCAGCCAGGCUCUCUGUUACCUCUGUAGCUGGAAAUGUGCGACUACACUGGUCCUCACUCGGAAAUGUUGCAUUUGAGUAACUCACUGUUGUUUUGAUAUGGGAUCGAUUUAUACCUAUCAA